UUUCGUGUUUAAAGUUGCACAAAAUCGAGUCCAAGUACUUGCAAUGAAAAUGUAAAUGAAAAUGUUUCAAUCCCAUUGGUCCAUGUGUGCCACGUGGGGUGGGAUUUAUAACAAGAGAGGAAGUGGGUCGGCUGCACUUGAAAUUCUGCAACUCUUAUUAGUUUGUGUUUAGCACGUUGAGUAACUUACAGGAAAAGGAAGAAGUUGACAGAGUGACACCAUGGCGACAGAGGGGGAUCCAACAGAUGCGGUCAAAGUGCUCCACCUCCUGGUGCUCUCCUUCUCCUGGGGCAUGCAGCUGUGGGUCACCUUUAUUGCAGGGUUUGCACUGGUAUGGCAGGUGACUCGUCACACCUUUGGUCUGGUGCAGAGUAAGCUCUUCCCCGUUUACUUCUACUGUCUGCUGGGCAGCAGCUUUGUCAGCCUGGCUGUGUACGCAGUGUACCACCCCAGAGAGCUGCUGGACUGGCAUGAGAGCGUGCAGAUGCUGCUGUACUUUGUGACGCUGGUCAUGGCCGGUCUGAAUGCCCAGUGGUUUGGCCCAGGGGUCACUGAGGUGAUGUUCCAGAUGAGGGAGGUGGAGAAGGAGCAUGGCCUGGGGAACCAGAUAGGCCUGGGCAGCGAGAAGGAGAAGUACGCCAAGCUAAAAGAGCAGGACCCCAAGUAUAGAGCCUACAGGAGCAGGUUUGGGCGCUACCAUGGGCUGUCCAGCUUCUGCAACCUGACAGGGUUCAUCUGCACCACUGUUAAUCUAAUCUACACAGCUCUGCACCUAUCCACCAUCUAAACAGGAGCAGGCUUCAGGAGAACUGCUCACAUCACAGUAUUUCAGAUGAUAGUGAACAAAUGAUGCCUAAAUCCAGAAGCAUGGUGUGUAUGGACGCCAAUCAUGUGAAUUUAAUUAUACUGAAUUCUGCAUCUCUUUCAUAAGAAGAGGUGGAGCUGCAGCUGUCUGUAACUGUCUCUCUAAACAAUGUCUUUUUUUAUAAUUGUUUUUAAUAUUUGGCCUUAUUGCCCCUGAUCCCUGGAAAGAAUACAUUUCUGAUGAAACACAGUGCGUCACCUGCCCUCAGGAACCGUGUGGACAGUUCACGUGCAGCUCCAACAGGGGGCGAUGUGUGGACACAGGUGCCUUCAGGAAAGGUGUGUAGAUCCACUGGUGAGCAGAGUAACAGAUGGCUUUUCACCUGUAAAAUAUUUCUGGACAUCAUCUAGAAAAUGCAUUUUAAAUUGUCAGUAGUGUUGAAUCGACCCUGGCAGAUGAACCUGCACGCCGUUUCCUCCCAACAUCUCCCACCUGUUGAUACAGUGUGAGUUUUAAAAAGCUUGGCUCAAAAUAAAUUUCACUGACUGAAGCUGUUGAAUAUACAGCUGCUGCCUGCCACGGAUGGUAAGUCAUAAGCUGCUUGUUGUGUGAUGUACUCGGCGCCGUUAUUCGUCUGUGGAGUAAAAGUGGGACUGCUGUGCUUCAGCAGCCUGUGCCAUCCUUUGUGCAUCGUCAGCUUUGCAGCAAACGGUCGAUACUGAAUGAAUGUGCAGUUUUAGCAAAAACCUAACUGAUGUAGUUUUAAAUGGCUGAUACUUGCAUGCAUCAGGUUUUUUUUUUUUUUUUGCUGCUUAUUUGAGACAGGACACGUUAAUUGAUUGUGUUGUUAACUAAGCCCUAAAAAGUGUUAAAUUCCAUUUCUGCAGGAACCCCCUCCCUUGUAGUACCAGGAAGGAGCCUGACUCAUAAUCCUCCUAGAUUUACUGAGAUUAGUCAACGCAGACCUUACAGACAGGCCCUGAAUACGGAACAGGCGGGUUUUAAUUUAAUUGCAGUGACGCACAGGCGAGUGUGAGAGGAGCAGCCCUGGAUGCAGAGAACCGUGCACUGCUGGCCAGACACAGGAUGAGCAAGGUGCUUUCCCUGUUCAGCAUCAGCAUUAAUGGAGUAUAAUAGAGCAUCUCAGUUGGAAGUAAAGGGAUGAGGCUUUGUCAAAUGCAGUUCACACUGGAUCUUUGUUAGAUGUUGCCUCCACAGCUGUGAUCAGGUUUUUCCCCCACCUAAUAAACACCAUGUUAUAAACGGACAGAAUCACUGUCAAGUUUUAUG